AUUUGUUUAUGAUUGUUAACUGUUUUUUGUUUCUCACUAUGUUAAUUUAAACUCAAUGUUUAACUUUGGUAGUGUUAUCAGAAAGAUACAGGGAUACUAGUCAUUAAACUUCACAACAUAUCCAUAACCGAAUAUAUUUGACAUAUUCAAAGAAAAAUGGAUUGUGAUCCAAACACUGACUACAACCGAACAGCUUUAUUUUCUCCACGUGAUCUACCGCGUAGUGAGAUUGAAGAACGUCUACGAUUCUAUCAAAUGGAGGUAGAUAAAAAGGAUGAGUUGAUAAGACAAGUGACAAAAAUAACUGCAAACACACCAGUUAUCCAGAAUUUUCGUACACCCGAUACACAAAUUUGUUCACAUGAGAAACUCGAAGAAAUUCGAAUAAAAGUUGAAAAACUUCAACACACAAUUGCAGAAAAUAAAGACAUAAUACAUGAAAAGAAUAUAACAAUCAGCGAAUUAAAAACAGAAUAUGAUGCAAUACGAUUAGAGAAUGUAGAUCAUUUAAAAAGAAUUGAAGAAUUAGAAAAUUUAUUAGUAGAAAAGUCACAUAAACUACAUACUUGUGAACAAUCUGAAAAUCAACGUGAUUUAGUAAUUCAGUCACUACAAGAAGAUUUAAAAAUAAAAACAACUAAACUUCUAGAUCUCCGUUACCAGUAUAAGAUGUUAGAGGAGAAAUAUGAAAGCAAAAUUCAAGCUGAAAAGACAUCUCAAGAAGAAUUAGGCAAAUACUUCAUGGAUUUAGCAAAUUUGCUAGAAUGUGAGGCAAAACCGCAAUCCUGUAUUCUUAAAUUAACUGACAUACUAAGAUCAUUAUCUGACUCUAAAGAACAAGUUAAACGACAAGGUGAUUCAAUUGAAGCAUAUGAAUUUGAACAAAGAGCAUCUAGAGAGACUAUAUCACGUCUAUCUGGUGAAAUUAACAAAGAACAAGAAUUAAGACAAGCAGCUGAAAAUUCUGAAAGAGAAAUUAAACAGGAAUUUGAAAAAAUCAAAACAGCUUAUCAAAGAUCAGAAAGUUGUAUUCAUUUAUUAGAAGAACGUGUAAACAGUUUAACACAAUCACUUCAAGCUGCAAGAGAUGAUGCAAUGAAACGUGGAAAACAAUUAAAUAAAAUAAAUGAAAUUGAAGCAAUGUUUCAAACUAAAAUGAAUAACCAUAAUGCAUCAGAACAAUCAACAAUAAUGGAUUUAGAAAAGUGUCGUUGGAAUUCUGAUGAUUUAAAAGAAAUUCAAAAAUUUAUCGAUACAAUGGUUUCUUGGCUUUCAUUUCCUCAUCCGGAUCAAUUAUCAUCACUAUUUAAUACAAUUUCACAGAGGAUUGAAGAAAUGGAGGAGUCUUUAAGACAACAUACACAGGUUUGUACGGACAUAGAAUUAGAAUUAAAUGAUUUAAGAGAGGAGCGAUCAAAUUACAAUUCCAAUUUUGAUAUGUUAAAAGAACGUAUUGCUUAUUUGGAAGAACAAAGAGCUUCUGAUGGAACACUAAUUGAUGAAUUAAGAAAUGAACGUGAUAGAUUGCACUGCCAUCUAUGUAAAUUGGCUCAAAUUCUCAAAAUAGAUGAACCAGUUGCUGAAUUGGGUGCAGAGAUGUUAGGAGAUACAUUAGCACUUCGUCUUACCCAGUUACAACAAGGUGACACGGAAAAACAAACAAAUCAACGUUUACAAAUUUCUCGAUUACAACGUGAACUACGGGAAACAAAAGAUAGAGCUGAUUCACUUGGUUUACAAAUAGGAGUUAUGCGACGUCGUUUAAUUGAUGCUCAGGAGAAUAGACAUCAAACAGUUAUGCCAGCAAGUGGUACUCCUAUGACCCUGGCUACAUCGGAGAAAGAAAGACGAAAAUUAUUAAAACAACUAGAAAAUGUUAAAGAAUUGGAAAAUAAUCUGCGUCAAGAAGUGGUCAUGUUAAAAGCUAGAUUACUUGAAUCAAGUCAAACUAAGCUUGCUCAAAUGAGUGUAUCAAAAGCUUUACGUGCUGCUCAAAAUAAAAUUGAUGAAUUAGGCUCAAUAUGUGAAAAUCGUGAUAAUGAAGUUAAAAAAUUAACUACUGAAUUAAAUGAAUCCAAGAAACAUUCAAAUAUUGAAAUAGAAAAUCAAAAUGAAGAAUUACAAAAAUUAAGAAAAGAGAUUAAACAUUUACAAACUUCAUUGAAUAGUAGUCAAAAAUCUGAGGAACAUCUUUUAGAAUUUCGUAAACUUGUUGCAAUUUAUCUUGGAUUAGAUAAUGAACAAUUAACUAUUCCAGAUUAUGAAAUAUUAACACAUUUAGAUCGUUUAGUCUCAGCUAAUCAAUCUCAAGUUGCAAAUGCGGUAGCUACAGAAAGAGCAAUAGAUUUAGUAACUGGUAAUACUAGAUCUAAUAUUCUAAAUCAUUACGGUCGGUGACAGCAAAGGGAACUAGCCCUCUAGUAGUACCUCAUGGCAUCUAAAAUUGAAUCAUCGAAGCAAUAUUUUUAAACGACUGUCCUAAGGGUAUAUAAGUGUACAUGGAAUAUAAAUUUUAUACUUUAAAUAA